CUUAUUCCGCCCUUAGUUUAAACAAACCACUGAAGAGUGAAGAUCCAUCACCAUUUAUCUAUUAGCCAGCAUUUUAAAAGGUUGAUUCAACACUGAGAAAUGGAAGAAGAGGUAAAACGGGCAGCUCGAGAAGGGGACAUUGAUGCCUUCGACAGAGUUCUUGAAAGAGAACCACUAGUUCUUAAACAGAUCGACGAGAUAGAAUUUGUAGAAACUCCAUUGCACACAGCUGCGUAUGCUGGCUGCACUGACCUUGCCAUUGAAAUGUUGAGCCUAAAGCCUUCAUUCGGAAGGAAGCUAAACCCCGGGGGAUAUAGCCCUCUGGAUCUAGCAUUGCGGAAUGGCCACAGAGACACUGUGAAGCAGCUCAUAAAGUUUGAUCCUAAGCUCAUUCAAUUCAGAAGCAGGGAGAGGAAAACGCCGCUGCACUUUGUAGCUGAAAAUAACGACGUUGAUCUUCUAAGCGAGUUUCUGAUAGCUUGCCCCACCGCCAUCAAAGAACUGACCAUCCGUGGAGAAACAGCUGUGCAUCUCGCUGUGAUAAGCGGAAGUAUUCAAGCUUUCAAAGUUCUAAUAGGUUGGCUUUUCCGGACUGACAACGACGAUAUAUUGGACUGGAAAGAUAAUAAUGGCUCCACAGUGUUGCACAUUGCUGCACAAACAAGUCAAGUUGAGGUAAUAAAGCAUGUAGCAAAAGAAAGAGUGGAUCUUGAUGUCAGGAAUGAACAAAAUCGGACGGCUUCUUAGAUUGUUGAGGAUCAAAUAGCAAAUCAUAGCGGUGCAACUAUCCAACUCAAAAUAGUUCACAUAAUCAUUCAGCUCUCUCUGUUGUUUCAAACCGAGAAUAUGUAGAAAUUCAGGAAAUAUUACAUAAAGCUGGUGCCAUGAAAACAUCAGAACUUCCUAAUCCCAUUUAUGUUUUAUGCAUUAGUGUUAAUGAGUGGCAUGUGUAUUUAUAUGAGGCUUCCACCAGAAACUCCUCCUGCACCGACAGCCUUUCUUCGCAAGUUUUUACGCAGGUCAUUUGCUACUGAUGUUUUCCUUUAUCGGAUGGAAAAGCGAGUGCGUCUUUGCAAAUACAUGACUUGAUGAGGCCCGAGGGCGCCUUAUAUGGUCCUAUUGUAACACAAACUUUUUUUGUGUGGGGAAAAUAAUGACGAGAAAAUAGGAGGUUACAAUCUACAAUUUCUCCUUGAGUGAUUCUUUUUUAAUUUGAUCUUGAAUUACGAGCUUGAAGUUUAAUUUGAUUGAUUUGCUACAAUGCUUGAAUCUUUGGAGCUUGUAUAUGAUAUUUCAAUAACUAUCUCUUGCUUCGUCGAUCAAUUUAUAUGAUGACCACUUGGUUUAUACAUAGGACCUCUAU